CGUGCUCUACUACCUCUUGUCUCAGAUUUUUUUUUCAAAAAAAGUUUGUUAUUUUCUUUUGUUUAAAUUGGCGGGAAAUCGAAUCAGCGUCAACGCCAUCAACCCCUUCAUGCGUUAUUUGGCACUUACUUUACUAGGUUAGGAGGUAAGGUAGUUAGGGCCUACUUCUUAUUGGCAGUCAUAAAAAGUUGUGGAUAAAAAAGUUGUAAUUGUGCUUUGUGCUUUGUGUGACAGAUAUGGAUUUUAAAAGGUUUCCAAAGUGUGUUUAACUACUGUGAAAAAAAUCUUAUCGUGAUUGGCAAAUAGUAUUCGAGUCUUCUUUUCUUAUGUUAAAAGGACAAGUAGGCCUAGGUAUAUAAGUUACUUGAGGAGUUCUAACAUGGCUUUAAGGGAAGGCUUGAAAUCACAAUUUAGUGCACUGGGGUUUGAAGUUCUUGAUAAUAUUCUCGACAAGUGUGUUGAAAUGUGUGUUCUACACAACAUAGAUGAUGAAGAAUUUGUUGAAUCGUGGGCAGCCUACUCCGUCACCAAUCUUGAUGGAGCUGCACCCACCGAGGAAGCACUGUCACAGUUUGAAAGAAAAGAGUUGGGAAAAAAUAAUGUUAGUUCUAACUCCCGUCAAGUCACCACUCCAUUCAAAUCCACCGCUUAUAGAACACCAACGGGUAGCAAAACCUCUACUGGAAAUGGCCGUAAUGAGCUCAAUACAACACCCAAGGGAACUGGUGAUGGAUUCCUGGCAAGGAUGUUGUCUACACCUGUAUCUCGAGGGACGUUUUCCCCUGCGAGUUUCUCUCCUGCUUCCACUACACCUUCAGGGAAGUAUUCAGCCAGGGUUAAUGCAGGGGAAGCUGUAUUUGACUUUUUGGAGAGAUCAUCAGGAGAUUGGAUUGGAAAGAACAAAAUUCAUCUCUCAGUUGGCCCUUACAGAGACAAAAUAUUAUCAUCACAGUGUAGAGUGAUGAUGGAAACUCUGAUGGAAAAGGCUGCAGUCCUAAAUGAUGUAAUAGAGAGGAUUGGAAGCUAUUUAAUAGAACUUAAUGGCCUACAAGAUCCUUCAAAUAAUCAUGAAGUCAGUCCGACAGAGAUCGUAUGCCUGGGCCGCAUCUGUUGUGACUCUAACGACCGCCUCAACGCCAGCUCUGUACUGCUAGAGGGUAGCCAGAGCACCUGUCUAGGACAUACAGUGGCACUGGACCUGUCCCAGGUAUCCCACUACUCUCUGUUCCCUGGACAAAUAGUGGCUGUGGUCGGGACCAAUCCUACAGGGAAACGCCUUCAUGUCACAAAGCUCUACCAUCAAGCACUCCUGCCUUCCCCCACUUUUCUUCCCAGAUUCUCUGGUGUAAUGGAGGUAGUGAUAGCAGCAGGACCAUUCACUCAGUCAGACUCUGUACAGUAUGAGCCGUUGCAGGACCUGAUGACAUAUGUAAGCACUCACCGACCUCAUGUGUUGAUACUCAUUGGCCCACUGGUAGAUUUGCGACAAAGCCAGCUAAUUGAUGGUUCCAUUGCUGAAAGCUACGAUGCCUUUACUGACAAAAUCAUCAGUGGCUUGAUGGAUAAACUUAAAGGGACAUGGACGCAGGUAGUUGUGGUAUCGAGUGCCCAUGAUGCUGCGUGUCUGCCCAUAUUCCCCACACCUCCCUCUCUCAGUGUGCGACCUACCAGCUCGUCUCCCCUCCACAUGGUGGCUGACCCCGCCCUCCUCAACAUUAGCGGACUUGUCCUUGGUGUAACUGCUACUGACUCCUUGAUGCACCUCAGCAAGGAAGAGCUCUCAUUUCCACCAGGAGGCAGUGAUAGAUUGGGUCGAUUGGCGUCACAUCUACUGCAGCAACAGAGCUUCUACCCUCUCCAACCCCCUUGCGAGGACCUGACUGUUGACUCCGAGCUAUGGGAUAUCCAUGCUUGUUUCCCUGUAACCCCUCAUGUGCUGGUCGUGCCAUCAAAUUUAAGAUAUUUUAUCAAGCAUUUACAUGGUUGCCUUGUUGUGAACCCUGAGCAUCUUGUCAAGGGUGCCGGAGGGGGUACCUUCGCUAGGCUGGAGAUUGAACCUCCAUCUGAUGAUGACACUUGGAGUCCUGCAUCUCAUAUCUCUGCUCAGAUUGUUAAAAUAUAAGUCAAAUAAAUAAUAAGUCCUGUGAUAAUUUUAA